AUGUCGAACCGCUACUCGGUUUAUUCUACCCAGUCUGCCGGGUUCGCAGGCCCCCGUCCAGCAACUCAGCAGCCCUCCCAGGUCUCGACAACCACUUUACUUAAUGCUCUCCAUUCGUUCUACACAGCUGGCCAGCCGUAUCAGUUAGACUCGGCGACGAGCCUCGCUGUGAAUACCUGGGUGACUGCUGCUACAAUCUUGCCAGAUGGUCGCAAUGGAGCCACGUUGGAUCGUGAUUUGGCGGUGCGAGCAUGGGAACAUGCCAGGAGGCGAGCUGAAGAUGGCUGCAUUGUUCUAGGGUUUGUGUUCACUUUUCGAUCCUUUCAUUCUCCCAAGGACUUUGGCUCACACUUUCCUAGCUCUCUUCAUCAGUCCACGCCGUCGCUCCUCGAGCCGUUUCUGACCGCACUACCGGUUACCACACCCCAAGUCGUUUUCACAUCUUUGUCGGCCCUUCGGCCGUUUCUGUCAGCAGUGACUGCAUUCAACCCAUCGUAUUCUCUCCAUUCCGCGCUCUCAGCCUCGUAUACGUUGACCCUGCAAGGCACCGUCAUUGGACUCUCUUUGGCUCUUUCCACAUCUGGCAUCAACGUGCGCAAGGGUCUGCUGGAGAUUUCCGCAGAGCCGGGCUACCGGGCCUUCGAUGUCUUCUACUACCUCCUCACCUCUGCAUCGACUCCAGCUGAGCGGGAGUUUCUUGGCCUAAAGGACUUGUCUCAAUAUACACUCCUCAGCCGAUCAGGAACUUACGAGCCUCCAUCCUACCUUCCUACUGCCGAUGAUGCGGCAGCUGCUGAAGAUUUGCGGACGAACCUCAAGGCCAUCGGAAUAAGAGGCGCGUCUCUGCGAGGCCUGUUGUCGGUCCUUGCUGGUAUUCUCAAGCUGGGGAACACUGCUGGACUAAUGGUUGAUCAGGAGGAGCUGGAGGACGUUUGCGAAGAUGUCGGAGGUCUUCUCGGCCUUGACCCGGAAGUUCUGCUCCACAAAUGUUCUACCAAUGAGCGUGAAGUUCUUAUUGCUGGCAUCUACGAAGCGCUCGUGGACUGGGUCAUCAGUAAAGCCAAUGAAGCCAUAGCUUCCGAGGUCCAAAAUACCCUCGAGCAUGAUUCCAACACUGGUGGCGCAGGUGUUGCUUAUCACGCUGACGAAGAUACGGUAGCUCUGACUAUCAUUGAUAUCCCGCGGCCAGCUUUGGGCAAGGCUGUCGCAAUGCGUGGUGUGUUUGAUGACAGUCUCGGGCUCAAUGCUGAAAUGAAGGAGGAUGGAAUUUCUCUCCCUGCCGUUGGUCAGUCCGUCAUUGGUGAAAUGCAUGCUGCAGUGACUGAAGUCGAGCCGGACCUUGGCAUGACGACGGGCGCUGCUGGUCGUGAGCGUGAGCACGAGAUGGACGUACGCCAAAGCGUUCUAGAGAAGGUGGGAUUGGAAGCCGAUACCGACUCCUUCUUGCGCAAAGUCUUGUUUCCUGUCGAGACCGAGGGCAUUUCUUUAGGUCAAAGGGGGCGCUUCGAUCUUUCUACAACUCUCGGUAGCAGCCGGGUCUGGUAUCAUCUCUCCAUCCAUCCCACGGAUGACCUGCCCAGCCACCUUGUGGCCAAUACGACUGCCUGGUCUGCAGGAGCUGUUUCACGCCAACUGAGGGAUUGGCGUCUGCCAGAGUGGGCAAACCGACGUUUGAAGCAGCUUGACUUCACAGCUGAUUUCGACGUAGAAGAAUUCGUGGCUCGGUACUCACGUCUUGGCUGCACCGAAGGCCAGGACGGUGUCGAAAGUUGGAUUCUUGAAAGAGGCUGGAGCAAUGGUGAUGCCAUUGUUGGACAACAAAGAAUCUGGAUGAGGGAGGGUGCAUGGUGGGAGGCCGAAUCCAUGCUCGACCUUAAGCCAGAUCCAAUGCUUACCAACCCCUUCGAAUACGGAGGGGCUAUGUACGAGUCUGGCUAUACCCCUGACAUUAACCCAGUCGCUGAGAAUGCUACGCUCCUUGGCGGUGACAUGGUGAUGCACAACCCGAGCGUAAUUGUUCCAAGCGUGAUCGCCGGGACCAAGUCAGUUGCUCCCACCGGAAUUACGACAACGGGUGCUGGUGACUAUGGUCUUGGCCACAAAGGUGACGACAACAAGGGCGACAUCGCUUAUUAUGAUGACUAUGGCCGAUACAUUGGUGAUCUUGAUCCUGAGUUUGGUGACCCAAAGCACAUUGAAAAGAAACAGAUCUCACUCGGCCGGCGACUUUGGACUGGAUUGGUCUGGGCUCUUACAUUCUGGAUCCCAUCAUUCCUUCUACGAUAUCUUGGUCGCAUGAAGCGUCCAGACGUUCGUUUUGCCUGGCGAGAGAAAGUUGUUCUCGUCGCCCUGAUCUUGUUUUUCAACGGAGUCGUCUGUUUCUACAUCAUCGCUUUUGGUGACCUCUUGUGUCCUAACAAGGAUAAAGUGUGGAACACCAGGGAAGUCAGCUGGCAUACUCAGGACAAUAACUUCUUCGUCAGCAUUCAUGGACGAGUUUACGACAUUUCCAAGUUUUGGAAAUUACAGCACAGCGACACGAAUACUAAGACCACGGCCAGCAACAUGAAACCCUUUGCAGGGCUGAAUCUGGACCCUUACUUUCCGCCUCCGCUUACUCAGUAUUGCAAUCCGUUUGUCAGUUCCGACAACAAUAAUCAAGACAUCCAGUUAAGUUACAACGAUACGAACGCAAUUGUGGAUCCUACUGCGAGCCAUGCCUGUGGAAAGCGAAAUCAGCCUGAUCCUAAUUCGAAACUCUACCAUGAGUCGUGGUACGGAGACAUCUUCUUGCCAAAGAUUGCCGACUACUACAAGGGUGAGUUGGUUUGGUCAAAGGGCACGAUAAACAAGCAAGCCAAUGACGACGCCCGAUACUGGGUCAUUGUGAAUCAGAAGGUUUAUGAUCUUACCGACUACUUCUACACGGUCCAGAUCAUGAACAACCUGAAAACGUAUGACUUCCUACCGAGCGCCGUAACCGACUUGUUUAAAAACCAUCCAGGCGAAGAUGUCACAGACAAGUGGUUGGACACUGCAGACUUCCGCAAUGCGCAAAGAUGUCUCGACUUUGUCUUCUACAAAGGCAAGGUUGAUUUCCGCGAUAGCCCGAGAUGUACUGUCAACAACUGGAUUUUGUUGGCUUUCACUAUUCUCAUUUGCGCGGUGAUCCUUGUCAAAUUCAUGGCUGCGCUUCAGCUCGGGUCGAAACGUCGGCCAGCUCCUCAGGACAAGUUUGUCAUUUGCUUGGUUCCCGCGUACACCGAGGGUGAGGACUCCCUACGAAAAGGUCUUGAUUCUUUGACAGCUCUUCAGUACGAUAACAAGCGAAAGCUCAUCUUUGUGAUCUGUGAUGGAAUGAUUGUUGGUGGUGGUAACGAUCGUCCAACCCCCAAGAUUGUCCUCGACAUUCUUGGAGUGGAUCCUAAGAUCGAUCCUCCAGCGCUUCCUUUCCUUUCAAUCGGUCAAGGUAGUGAGCAGCUAAACUACGCCAAGGUCUACUCUGGGCUUUAUGAAUAUGAGGGCAACGUUGUCCCAUAUAUCGUUGUCGUCAAAGUUGGUAAGGAGUCUGAGCAGCGAAAGUCGAAGCCUGGUAAUCGUGGCAAGAGAGACUCCCAAGUCCUUCUCAUGCGGUUCUUGAACCGUGUCCAUCAUCGCGCUCCGAUGUCGCCAAUGGAGCUUGAAAUCUUCCACCAGAUCAACAAUAUCAUUGGAGUGGACCCAGAGCUCUAUGAAUACUGUCUCAUGGUGGAUGCCGAUACCAGUGUCAAGGAAGACUCGCUCAAUCGUCUGGUUGCUGCAUGCGCGGCUGAUGCGAAGAUAGCGGGAAUUUGUGGUGAAACGAGUCUUCAGAAUGAGGAACGCAGUUGGUGGACUAUGAUCCAGGUGUACGAAUACUAUAUUUCCCACCACCUUGCCAAGGCCUUCGAAUCUUUGUUCGGCAGUGUUACAUGUCUUCCGGGCUGUUUCUCUAUGUACCGUUUGAGAACUGCUGACAAGGGUCGCCCUAUUAUCAUUGCCGACAAGCUGAUUGAAGAGUACGCCGAUAUUGACGUCGAUACGCUACACAAAAAAAUCUUCUUUCUCUGGGCGAGGAUCUUCAUUCCUGACGCGUUUGCGAGUACGGCGGCUCCAGAAACCUGGAGCGUUCUCAUGUCGCAGCGUCGCCGCUGGAUCAACUCGACCAUCCACAAUCUUGUCGAAUUGGCGGCUCUCAAGGAUCUUUGUGGCUUUUGCUGCUUCAGCAUGAGGUUCGUCGUUCUAGUGGACUUGCUGGGUACGAUCAUUCUUCCUGCGACAUGUAUCUACUUAGGUUACCUGGUUUACCGCGUCGCAAGUGGCACUGGACCUUUCCCUGUCAUCUCAAUUGUCAUGCUGGCUGGUGUUUACGGUCUACAAGCCAUCAUUUUCAUCGUCAAGCGCCAGUGGCAACACAUUGGAUGGAUGCUUAUCUACCUUGUGGCGUUCCCUAUCUACAGCUUUGUCCUGCCUCUGUACUCUUUCUGGAGGCAAGAUGACUUCACGUGGGGUAACACCCGUGUCGUCAUUGGCGAGCAAGGUGACAAGAGAGUCAUUGCGGUGGAAGAUGAAGGCUUCGAUCCUCGCAGUAUUCCUCUUCAACGUUGGGAUGACUAUGCACUGGCCAAUAACCUUCCCGGCCGCCGUGGUGAGAUUGGUUUGAACCAAGAAAAGGGUUACUACAGUGGUCGUUACGUUGAUGAGCACGCCAUGGAGAUGGAUGACAUGCACUCGCAAUACUCAUCGGUCAAGCCUGCCUCGACUAUCCUUACUGGUUUCCCGGGUCAAGGUCGCCACACGGGCCCCUACAUCCCCCCUCAGUCACCCGCUCCUUUCGCCGGCGGAAAUGUGGCCGGUAAUCGCAAUUCGCAGAUGACCAGUAUGUCCCGCUUCACGGACUUCCCCCAAACGGGCGCUCCCUCGGCUGGUGCAUCUCGGCACAUGUCUGUCGGAAAUUUGAGUGCAUACCAGGACAAUCCCGCCCUCUCAUCUCGUCACAGUCUUGGAUUGAUGCAGAGCAGUGAAAACCUUCUCGCGGCAUCUCGAUCACGCAGUCCUCUCAGCCAAUUUCCUUCGCGUCCGGCCAGCACUGCCUUUGACUUCCGCGCUGGUAGUGGACCGGAUGAUGCUGCGAUAAUCGAAGCAAUUCGCCACUGCCUCUCAGAAGUCGAUCUUGACACUGUCACCAAGAAACAAGUGCGUGUCCUCGUUGAGCAGCGUCUGCAGACUUCGCUUUCCGGGGAGAAACGAGCCUUUGUGGAUCGUCAGAUUGAUCACGAGCUCGCAAACAUGUAA